UCUUAACAAGUCCCCUAGGUAAUUCUUUAUUCAAACUUUUUGAUGUUGUUUAUAUUUUGAAACGUGUCAUACAUACAGAAGAGUUUAUAAAACAUAUAUACACAGUUUUUUAAAAGAACAAAACAAACACCUGUGUACCCCCUACCCAGGUUAACAUAUUGAGGAUUGGGAGCUCUGGUGUGGCCACUUCUUUGGUACACUUUCUCCCCCAUCAGAGGGAACUACUCUCCUAAAUUUUGUGGCUUUCAUUUCCUUAGUCAACCUGUUAGGAAUCGACUCUGUGUAACAUAUGAAAAGCAGCUUGCAGAAACACUGGAUUCACACAUGAAGGAGAAAUGCCAACUCACUGGCAAGCUUAGGGAUGCCAAAAAAAAAAAACAAGAUUGCAGAGAUUGAGACAUCUUUAGAGGAUGUCAGGUCAGGGUACAAAAAAGUCUUUAAUUCCGUUUUGUAGAUGCUUACAAGGUGAACAGCACCAGCAUAAUGCUGAUGCAGAAAUUCACAUCCAGAAGGGCACAGCGGCUCAUGCCUGUAAUCUCAGCACUUUAGGAGGCCGAGGUGAGCAGAUCACCUGAGGUCAGGAGUUCGAGAUCAGUCUGGCCAAUAUGGUGAAACCCGUCUCUACUAAAAAUACAAAAACUAGCUAGGCAUGGUGAUGGGUGCCUGUAAUCCCAGCUACUCAAGAGGCUGAGGCAGGAGAAUCGCUUGAACCCGGGAGGUGGAGUUUGCAGUGAGCCGAGAUCACACCAUUGCACUCCAGCCUUGAUGAGAGCAAGACUCCAUCUCAAAAACAAAGAAAAGAGGAAAGAGGAGACGAGAGGACACAGGGGAGAUGAGAGGAGACAAGGGGAGAAGAGAGGAGAUGAGGGGAGAGGAAGGGAGAGGAGGGGAGAUGAUGGGGGAGGGGAGAAGGGGAGAGAGGGGAAGGAAAAAAAAGAAAAUCACAUCCCCGGUUCAAGAACUGAGAGAGAUUUUUAAAAAUUAGAAGAAGAAAAGAAAAAACGGUAGAAGAAAGAUCCAGACUCUCCAAGCAACAAGAAGAGCUGGCAGAAAUAUUAUCAAUGCCGGAAUCCGUGGAAGAGGCCAUGGGAGACACCCCGUGAUAAGGAGCUUUUCCACACCGGCCAGGUAGCCAAGAGCCAGCCCUGCUGCUCCCUUCUCCAUGAGGGGCCUGGGUCAUAGGACAGCGCUGUUCUUUCCCCUCCACUCAGGCCUCCAGAGCUGCCAGGCUAUGUUCUCCCACGUUAACUCCAGUGGAUCCAGGGGAGCCCCUUCCUGUAUUGAAGUUUCCACCUUCGCCUACUGGCACUACAGCCAGCUCCUUCGUGGUCAAUUACUCCAAAUCUAAAGAAUGCAGGAGAACCUGGAGCACACCAAGAAAGUCUGCAUUCUCUCUCAUUAGCAGCCAAAGAAAUGCCAUACUUGAGAGCCUCAUCUUUUGCUCAAACUGAAACAUCAUCAAACUGCAUUUCUCAAGACAAUGCUCUAUAAAUAUUAUUUAUAUAUUAAUCUCCUAGAUGAACAAUUUCUAUUUUAUCCUCUAUACAAUUAUUGUAUUAUACUUUGAAAAUAGAUUUCAUUUACCAAUAAAGACUUUCAGUACUCAAUAGCAAUAUUUUUUCUAGAGUUAUAUUCCCAACAGUUGUAAGUCAUAAGUUAAAGCAUCAUUUUUUGGGCUGUAUGUAUUUGUUGAAAAAUUUUAUGCAAAGAGAGACUUAUUUUGGGAUAAAGUAAAAGAGCAUGUUUAAAGAUAAAUUUCUAUUAUUUAAUAUUUAGAUUAAAAUAGUGGAUAAACAUUUUUCGAAAAACAAAAUUGACAAGUUACAUGGAGAUGGUUUUCUUUCACUACAAGAGUGCUGUAGGAAGAGAUUUCUAAGAAGAAAUCCCUUGAGAGCCCCACAUCACUUUUUCCCAUCUCCUCUCAAAAUCACUUAAACAUUUAUCAGUGGAAAGCUGAGGAGGCUCUAAGGGACUUCUGUCUUACAAAAUUAAACGAAGGUUCCCACAGUUAGUGUAUGUAAACACCAGUCAUGUCCCCUCAUUAGUCAGUGGGCACAGAUGGGUGUUAUCCUGAUGGAAGGGAAGCAGCAAGUGACAUUUUGAGUAACUGCAGUGGAGGGGAAGUCACAUAAAUCAAUGACAGGGACAGCAGCAGCAGACGUGCUUUGGUUCGGCCAGGCACAGUGGCUCAUACCUGUAAUCCCAGCACUUUGGGAGGCUGAAGCAGGUGAAUCACCUCAGAUCAGCAGUUCAAGACCAGCCUGGCAAAGGGUGAAACCCUGUCUCUACUAAAAAUACAAAAAUUAGCAGGGUGUGGUGGCGGGCACCUGUAAUCCUAGCUACUUCGGAAGCUGAGGCAGGAGAAUUGCUUCAACCUGGAUGGUGAAGGUUGCAGUGAGCCAAUGUGGUGCCAUUGCACUCCAGCCUGGGUGACAGAGUAAGACUCUGUCUCAAAAAAAAAAAAAAAAAAAAAAGUGCUUCGGUUGGAGACAGCAAAUGUCCCUGUCUUCAUAUUGCUCUCAUUUUGGGGAGGAAAGGCAGAUACUAAACAAUGUAAGUAGAAGACACAGCAUGUGAGGAGGUGUCAGUUUUAUGGAGAAAAAUAAAGAGGGAAGGGGCGGGAGUGAUGCAUGUGAGGGUGGGGACAAUCUUGGCAGGGUUGGUCAGCAGGGCAUCUGUCGGGAGGGAGCACCUGAGCAGUGAGGACAUGGGGAAGAACUCUGUAGGAAGAGAGAGUGGAACUGGCAAUAGGCCUGAAGGGUGCAUGAGUCUGGAGGCGUGAGGACCAUACAGAGGCCAGAGUGGCCUGAAUUCAGUGAACGAUGGCCACAGUGGGAAGUGAGUAAAGGGUACCAGGUGUCUGAGGAUGGAAGGGUUCUCACCACAGUAAGAGUUUCAAUAUAACAGUUCAGAGGCAGCCUGCAGGGAACAGGGUAAAACAGGGAGACCAGGUGGGAGGCUAUGACAGUGAUUCUAGAGUGAGAAUGGUGACAGCUGGACCUGAGGAGUAGUGGAGCGGGGGAUGGAGAGAUGGGCUUGAGUCCAGGACUUGUGCUGCAGCCGGAGACCAAGAGACUUACUGAGGCCUGCGGGUGCCAGAGAAAAGGGAAGUCAGGAUGAGGACGAGGAGUCCACUGUGAGCAUCUCCCUGAGGGGUGGUACACUUCGCUGGAACAGAGAGGGAUGGCAAAGGAGGAGCAUCUGGAUAAACUGGAAUGAAUGGGAGGAGACUUGGGACCAGGACCUUUUGAUACCAGAAAAGAAAUACCAAGUGCUCAGAUGGACAAUCACAGCAUCAGCAGAGAUGCUGGAGGACUUGGAGGAGCAAUCACAGCAUCAGCAAGGAACAUGGAGGAUCAUGGGGAGUGAAGUUACUAUUACACAGAAAGUCCAAGGCCUGGGCAGAUUCCAAAGGGUGAAUGCAAUGAGUCUGCUAGUGGCCAAGAACCCUCCUCGGGUCUCCCAGUAUCCACGAUACCACCAAAAGUCUCAAGAGUGAGCUCCCCAAGUCUGUUCCCAUUAGGACACUUGAGUCGUGCAGAAUCCUAACACAGCCUCCACCAUUCACAUGUGUAUGCAUGUCCACGUGCCAUGUAUACAGACUGAUGAAGAUCCCCUCCUUGACCAAGCUCUAGACAGGCUUCCCUGAGCCCCCUUCUCAACUAGGCCUCCACCUUGGCCUACGAAAUCUGCAGAUUACGGCAAAAAAGAUCGGGUCAUCCUUCCCCCUAUAUUAAAAGACUUAAACACAUCAUUUCUAACAACUCAAAGCUGCAUCUGUAGGAUGACCCCACACCCCCUAAAGUGUCUGCCUGGGAAAGCUGCCAAAAGAACUCACUGCUGGCUAUUGGCAACACCUUACAAGGAGCACCUGAUGUCCCUUUCUCAUAGUUAACAACAACAAACUAAACAUUUGUGAAUCCUACCUCUGUCUCUUUGGGAUAUGUCUCCUACACAGUGUCCUUCUCAAAAACCUGAAAGCCAUUUCUUCAACAUACAAUCACCAGGAAGCACAGGGCCUAUCUCCCAGUUCCUGUGGGAGUAUAGGACCCUAACUCCCAUAACAACCACCUAACAGGCACGGUAGCCUAACCUUAUUUACACUGACCCAACUUUUGCAAGUUUUCACUUUCCUGACUACUGAGUGCCUGCUCAUCUCCAUACUGCCACUCUCUCCCUCUGAAACACCCAAUCACUUCUGCACAAAGCUCAAUUCCGUUCACGAAGUACUUUCUUCCCUAUUCCAAUAGUAUAUUAUUGACUAAAAUCUGCUCUUACCACUUUUACUAGUGUCUAGCUUUACCUUCUACAGUUAAUACCCAUAUGCCCACGUACAUAUGCAUAUAUAUGCACACGUAACAUUUACAUACACACAUACAUAUAUACAUCUAUCUCUAUGUGUAUUCUUAAUGAAUGUCAUGUCUUCCCUAAUCCUUUGGAAGAUAUUAUCAGGUAUUUCUUUGCAGUUUUCCUAUAAUCUAUGCAUUUCUUUUCUGUUCCUUUGGGUCCUUGCUUUGGUGUGGGUUUUCUUUCCAUCCUUUCUGCUGGAGGAAGUCUUCAAGGAUCAAGUGGUCCCUGGCUCCUCUUCCUAUGUAUGUGGUAGAAAGGAAGCCGUGGAGUAGAGCUGGGUGGAGCUGUGCGUGCUGGGGUGGUGCCUGUGCCCUCUGGACUCCGUGCUUCUUCGGGGGUGCUGAACGGCGGUGCUUACCCGUCCGCGUUCUCCGGGUCGCUAACGUGUUGCAGGCUGCAUGCAUCCCGCGUGGUCGCGGCUAAGUCCGGGAGCGGGCCUUCCUCCGGAUUCUGAGGUGGGACAACAGCAGCACUAGGCGUGCUCCCAUCUCCGGCGGUCCCCGGCUCCCGCUGUUCCCCUUUCUCGCUCCGGGCGCUGGCGGGCGCGGGCAGCGGGGGCGUGGAGGGAAGGACCGCCCGCCAUGGCAGGGGGCGGAAACCGCGGCAGGACUCCGGGUCAGCGGCGACCAUCGGGCUGCGGCCCCGCUCCCCCUCGGCAUCCGCGCCAGCCUGCGCCCGGGUCUGAGCUACUGCGGCCGCCGCAUCAACUUAAGCCUGUCGCGGCCAUGGCGGGCGGCGCCGCGCAGGCCGCCACCUCCCGUGAUUUCCAGUCCGCGUGGGCUUCUCAGGCGGCCGCGGCCUAGGCAAGAGGUUCGGCUUAAGCCCGGAGCACUCGUGUCCGCGCCGGGAGAAGGGCAAGGGCGCGGCCCCCGGACCCCGCGAGGUUCCAGUGCCGCCGGGAGGAUGCUCGCGGCCCUCCCCGCCGUCGGCGCCCCAGAAUUUUCUGAUAACAGUCUGGCGUUCAACCCUCCGUCCUCUCUAACGCCCAACUGUUACUCCGCCCGCUUCCUCUAGGCCCCGCCCCCAUCCGCAGGGCCCCGCCCCUUUCUUAUGUCUCCAGCUUUCUCCACGGCCCCGCCCCCUCAAGUCUGUCUGUCUCCCCUCCCACCUCACACCUCCGCCCGCCCGUCAGCCCUGGCUCCGCGUAACCACUGGGCUCGCCGCCACAGGCCCCGCCUCCAGCUCAUAGCCCAGCGCGCCGCAGCUGCGUGUGUGAGGCUCAAGCCUCUAGCUUUCACCGCGCCCGGCUUCAUCGCCGCCCGCGGCGCAGUGUCGCGCUCCUGCGCGAGGGCUGCUGAGGCCUGGCCGGGAACCGCGCCUCCGCCCGCGCUAGGUAGGGGCUCGAGGACGGGCGCGGUGCAGGUCUGCGGAGACAUCCCGAGAGGGGCAAGGGUGCCGGGCCACGCGUGGGGGCGGGCAGGGCCCGGGAAAAGACCGCGCCCCGGGCCCGGAGCGGCUGAGCGCCCAGGCGGGGAGUGCGAGGCCUGGGCCGAAGGUUACUGGCGCCGAUCGGCGUCGCGUGGCCUGAACGCCAGGCUUUUCGGUGGAGAGCAGCUUGCCCCCGUGUGUUGCGCCUUUUCCUGGGUCUGACCGGCGGCGAGGCACCGUCCUUGGAGAAGAUGGAAGAGGAGAGGCGGCCGGCGCCAGGCUCGCCCUCCGAGGGCCUGUUUGCGGAUGGGCACCUGAUCCUAUGGACGCUGUGCUCGGUCCUGCUGCCUGUGUUCAUCACCUUCUGGUGUAGCCUCCAGCGGUCGCGCAGGCAGCUGCACCGCAGGGACAUCUUCCGCAAGAGCAAGCACGGGUGGCGCGACACGGAUUUGUUCAGCCAGCCCACCUACUGCUGCGUGUGUGCGCAGCACAUUCUGCAGGGCGCCUUCUGCGACUGCUGCGGGCUCCGUGUGGAUGAGGACUGCCUCAAGAAGGCCGACAAGCGCUUUCAGUGCAAGGAGAUUAUGCUCAAGAAUGACAGCAAGGUCCUGGACGCCAUGCCCCACCACUGGAUCCGGGGCAACGUGCCCCUGUGCAGUUACUGUAUGGUUUGCAAGCAGCAGUGUGGCAGCCAACCCAAGCUCUGCGAUUACAGGUGCAUUUGGUGCCAGAAGACAGUACAUGAUGAGUGCAUGAAACAUAGUUUAAAGAAUGAAAAGUGUGAUUUUGGAGAAUUCAAAAACCUAAUCAUUCCACCAAGUUAUUUAACCUCCAUUAAUCAGAUGCGUAAAGACAAAAAAACAGAUUAUGAAGUGCUAGCCUCUAAGCUUGGAAAGCAGUGGACCCCAUUAAUAAUCCUUGCCAACUCUCGUAGUGGAACUAACAUGGGAGAAGGACUGUUGGGAGAAUUUAGGAUCUUGUUGAAUCCAGUUCAGAUUUUUGAUGUAACUAAAACUCCUCCUAUCAAAGCCCUACAACUCUGUACUCUUCUUCCAUAUUAUUCAGCUCGAGUACUUGUUUGUGGAGGGGAUGGGACUGUGGGCUGGGUCCUGGAUGCAGUUGAUGACAUGAAGAUUAAGGGACAAGAAAAGUACAUUCCACAAGUUGCAGUCUUGCCAUUGGGAACAGGCAACGAUCUAUCAAAUACAUUGGGUUGGGGUGCAGGUUAUGCUGGAGAAAUUCCAGUUGCACAGGUCUUACGAAAUGUAAUGGAAGCAGAUGGAAUUAAACUAGAUCGAUGGAAAGUUCAAGUAACAAAUAAAGGAUACUACAACUUGAGAAAACCUAAGGAAUUCACAAUGAACAACUAUUUUUCUGUUGGACCUGAUGCUCUCAUGGCUCUCAAUUUUCAUGCUCAUCGUGAGAAGGCACCAUCUCUGUUUUCUAGCAGAAUUCUUAAUAAGGCAGUUUACUUAUUCUAUGGAACCAAAGAUUGUUUAGUACAAGAAUGUAAAGAUUUGAAUAAAAAAGUUGAGCUAGAACUGGAUGGUGAGCGAGUAGCACUGCCCAACUUGGAAGGUAUUAUAGUUCUGAACAUUGGAUACUGGGGCGGUGGCUGCAGACUAUGGGAAGGGAUGGGGGACGAGACUUACCCUUUAGCCAGGCAUGAUGAUGGUCUACUGGAAGUUGUUGGAGUAUAUGGGUCUUUCCACUGUGCUCAGAUUCAAGUGAAACUGGCGAAUCCUUUUCGAAUAGGACAGGCACAUACAGUGAGGCUGAUUUUGAAGUGCUCCAUGAUGCCAAUGCAGGUGGAUGGAGAGCCUUGGGCCCAAGGGCCCUGCACUGUCACCAUAACUCACAAGACACAUGCAAUGAUGUUAUAUUUCUCUGGAGAACAAACAGAUGAUGACAUCUCUAGUACUUCGGAUCAAGAAGACAUAAAGGAGACUGAAUAGAUGGAUGAGGGAGUAAAAACUGCAUAGAAUCCUGAAAGCAAAGUAGAUACAUGUUCAUCCAAAAGUAUUACCAGAAUCUCUAUCAGCAUUCAGUCUUAAUUUCGCUAGUAAUAUAAUGGGUAUACAUUUUGUAAAUAGCAUCCCCAAACCAGCCAGAUUCCAGUUAUUUAAAAAUGUUUAUUCUUGGGGGCCAAAGUGGCUCCCGCCAGAGGUCAUGGCACUUGUGAAGGCGAGGUCAUGAGUUCAAGGCUAACCUGAGCAACCUCAUAAGCUCCAACUGAUUGGCAAAAAAAAAAAAAAAGUUUAUUCUUUUUCAGCAAAAUACUUCAAAUGAAUAGUAUUAACUUUUGAAAAGUCAUAAAAAGUUAUAUGAAACAGAAAAUUUUUUAUGACUGUUUUGAGAGUGGGACUGACUCUGAAGUAUGUGCUGUCUCUUAUUUUUGAACCAUGCAUUUGAUGAACACACAUUGGACGGACAUAUGUCUCCAACAAGGUGUGGGUGGAAAGAUCAUUUCCAUCUUCAUUUUGAAGAUGGUGACACCAUCACAUUUUAAAGCUUAACUUGAUUUUUUAGAGAGGAAAUGAUUACUGUCAAACCAGCAUGGUUAAUUGUGGGCAUCCUCCUGCAGCAUGCCUCUUAGGAUUCUUUGCAACCCAGACCAAGUGUGUGUAUUGAUUUCUAGGAACCCUCAAAAGGAGAACAGGAAACAGAAAUAAUACUUAAAAUUUUCAUUAUAAUUUUUAUUUUAGGAAGAUAUUCAGACACCUAAAUGUUGUUUAACUCUGUAGGUAACCAUUUGAGUUGAAAUUCAGGAUCUAUUUAGUGUAGCCAAAAGAGAAAUAGAUAAAUUAACUGGUAAGAAAUAAGAUUCAGAACACUUUGGAUUGUAAGUUCUAGGUUCUGAGCUGAACAGUUCAUCAACUUCUCUCUUUUUUUUUUUUUUUUCUGAGACGGAGUUUCGCUCUUGUUACCCAGGCUGGAGUGCAAUGGUGUGAUCUCGGCUCACCGCAACCUCUGCCUCCUGGAUUCAAGCAAUUCUCCUGCCUCGGCCUCCCGAGUAGCUGGGAUUACAGGCACACGCCACCAUGCCCAGCUAAUUUUUUUUUGUUUUUAGUAGAGACGGGGUUUCACAAUGUUGACCAGGAUGGUCUCGAUCUCUGAACCUCGUGAUCCAUCCACCUCGGCCUCCCACAGUGCUGGGAUUACAGGCAUGAGCCACCGCGCCCGGCCAACUUCUCUUUUUAUUAAAAGACAGUGUCAACACUUGAAAAAAUGUGCUUAAAGAAAACUUAUCAGUGAGAUUAAUUGCUUAGGAAAAGCUCAAGACUGACAAGUUUUAAAAAUUCAUUGGUCUUGUAGUAUUUUCAAACACGGUAGUCUUUUAACAGAAUUUCCCUUUCGGAUGGUAAGUGGAUAGAAAUCUCUGCUAAAAUGUUUAUAUCAUAUUUAUUUUAAAAUGAGAGAUAUAUUUUUAAAGUAUUUAUUAUUUACCUUGUAGUAUGAUACCUGUGUUUUUAGUGUUUACAUUCCAUAGCUUGAUUUAGUAAGUUAAAUUGAUCACAUAAAUUAUGCUUGUCACAAUCAGAUAGAAAUUUAGCCAAUUAAGUAAUAAAAAUCCUAAUUUAAUUCUCCUGACAGAUAUCUAGAUAUUCUCAUUCUUCACAAAUAUUCCUCAUUGUUUUGAGAAAAGGAGGAGGGCAUAAAAACCCCUAGGGAGCUACUUUUAGAUAACUGAAAACUUUGUUUCAUUGUUUCAUUUGCCCCUCAAUUGCCACAAACUUACUGAAGGGCUAGUUUCAUGGUUCCCAUUAGAGGGUGCUCUUUCACUGCUGUUGACCAGUCCAUCCCUUCAUGUCCCAUGGGUAGGCAGUCCCAGUGGGCAUCCAGCCUGGCGUUUUUCUGACAGAUGGCCCAUUUGUAGGCUUUGUGGUCUUUAAUGACAGUAAUCUCUGAAAGAUCAGAAUGUAUCCCCCAAAGCACCACUAGCUGUCUUUGAGGAUCUGUUAUGAAUCUGUCAUCUGUGAAUUGCCGUAAACCUAAGUUUGCCUCACUUUAGGCCCAGAUCAUGUUUUCAGAGAGCACCUUAGUAAUGUAUACAGUAGUCAGUAUGUUUUAUGAAAUACUUUAUUUUGCUAAAUUAACCUCUUCCAGAUCUCAAUGGGUGAUCUUAAAUUCUAGUCUUGAGAAACUUUGUGAGCAGGUCUGUUUUGAGCUUAUUUAUACCUACCUUUCAUGGUAGGUAACCAUGGCAGUGGAGAUGGCAGAGUUUUUGGGUUUUUUUAAUGGGCCAAUCAUGUUCUGAGUGUUAUGAAGUUUAUUCUUUCAUUCAUGUUCACAAUUGUUAAAGUUAUCACACUUUAUAAAUACACUGUUAAAUUCACUUUGCUGUAGGUGAUAGUUUACCUGCUAUAUAAUUCAUAAUGCUAAUUGUAGAAGCAAAGUAAAUAAUCAGUUUAGGAUGUUGAAAUUAAAAUAAUCACAAUAACUAAUAUAGUUUCUUUUAAUUGCUAAAACUACAAUUAAAAAUUAUAAUUUUAACAUUAGCCAUAAUGUUACACUGUAUUUAGAACAGGCUUAUAUACAAUGCCCUCAUUUAUUUAAACAAAUUGAAUUUUUGGUUAUCAUAAUCUAGUAAUGUUUUUGCACCACUAUUGAUUGUGAUGGAGUUUUUCUGCUGGCUUACUGACUCAUUUAGACUUCAUUUAGGGAAGCUAUUUCAGAAUAGCAUAUCAUAAAACAUAUCACUAUCUUGUUUUUGCAAAAUUACUUUUUUGGGCACAUUGACCCAGCAUUUCAAAUAAAUGUAUAGGCAUGUGCCUUGUUUAAAUAAGUACAGUUUGUAAGACUUCCUGUUUGCAAGUUACAUAUUAGAGUAGUGAUUGUUUAUAUUACAGGGAUUCUAUACUUUACCAAAAAAAUUGCCAUAAGAUUUUCCUGUUCCAUUUUAAAUUGUCUUGAUAUUUAAAAAAAUAACUUCUACAUUCUCAGGAAGAAAUACAUGAACUAAAUCAUAUCUCCAUGUCUGUUUCCAGAUUUCUCUCAUCUUUUUACUAUCCCAAUACAUUCCUAACUCCUAUAAACUUAGUGGCUUAAAUACUGAAUACCUGGCAGCUCUUAUAGAUCCCAUAGGCAGAUGAUGAUCAUUUUCAGUGCUUUGUCAUGUUGAAUAGAAAUCAAACUGACUUGUGUUUUAAACUACAAGUUGUCUACCAGUAAGAUUACAUGAUUUAAAUGUGUUUUAGGUUUUUAGCAACAAAUUAGCUGUGAACCCCUAAUGUAGCUAAUGUUUAUACAAAUUUUAUAGUCAAAAUUACUUGUUUUUAUUUUUUUAGAGUGUUUCAAAAAUACAGUGUUUGCUUUGUUAAAUACAUUUGCUUAGAGUCAUAAAGUGUACUGUGACUCAGAAAUUGUAAAGUCCAUUUGCAUUGUAAAAAUGAGUACUACCAGCAUGUCAGAAGAAAAAUAAUUUGCAUUUGUAAUAUAAACUAAAAUUGUAUUUAAUGUAUUUAUUGAAUUUUAAAUUUGCACUAACUUGAAAACUUUAAAGGUUAUACUAAUUUACAGAUUAUUGUGGACUCAAAUACGUAACUUGUUUGGCCAAAAAGGUCAUUAGAAUGGGUAAUAGUUUGUGUGGUUUUCCUUCAAAAUGGUAAUAUUGAGGCAAGAACCAGUGUUUUAUAUUGAGAAUUUUUUUAGUAUUUCCACCCGGUUGAGGACAGUGGAAUAUAAGUAGAUUUAUUUAAAAUAUGUAGAUAUUUAAAAUUUUUUAAUGUUGUUUAUCCCUAUCUGAAUUCAUUCUCAGCAACAAGACAGAAAAGGUGGUUUAGGUUUUUUUUAAAAAAGUGUGCCCUUGCCUUUUUCAAUUUUUCCCUUGAAGCCUUUCUCCUCCUGUUUCUCGGAGUACACUUUACAGGAGUAUGCGCUGCAGGAGUAUGCUCUACGGCAUCAGAAUGCAUGGACAGGCUGUUGAAAGUAUGGAUUCCUGAGCCCAACCCUUGACUUAAAGAUUCCCUGUCUCUGGAGAUGCAACAUAGAAACCUCUGUUUUCAUUCACAAGCACCUCAGGCGAUUCUUAGGCAUACUGAAAUUUGAAAGCUUCUGGUCUGAACCUCACAUAUUCACCUAGGGCUUUCGCCAGGUGGGAUACCAUGCCAAAAAAAUUGAAUUAAUUGUAUGUUCUUAAAAUUGUUUUUCUUCUACUCCACUGUCCCCAAAAUCACUUUUCUAAAAGAACUCUAUGAAAAACUUGUUUGUAUCCUACCCAAAUUGAUAUGUUUGAACUCUGUUACAUAAAAAUUGGUAUGAUUCGUACAUGGGAUCAGUUUUUGGACUGCGACCCAUGCAGUAUUUUUGUUUGUUUGUUUGUUUGUUUGUUUGUUUGUUUGUUUUCCGUGCAGUGUUGAAGGACAAGGAGUUACUUCAGGAGCUAGUGCAAUGCGCCUCCAAGGGGCAGCGAGCCAUGGAGGCUCCUGCCUUCUCACUUCAGUCAGUGUAGCCACACUUGUGUAUACUGAGUUGCUGCUUCAGAUCUCAGUAGAUAAAAUAAUUCCACAUUUAAAAUGCUUCUAUUUUUUAAAAAGGGUUUGAAAGCCACUACUAUAGUGGCUGUCACCUAAUUGAUUUUCUACUAAUUUUUAUAUAUUCAGAAACUUCAUGGUUUUUUUGAUGGACAGAAUAUUUUGGAGGUCUCCAUUGCUGCUUAGAAUGUGGCCACUUGGCUAUUUCACCGUUUUUAAAGCUAUUUUAUUGAAUAGUAAAGCACUGAACUUAGCCUUCAUUCCUUGUUUCUAAUUUAAGUAUAUUAUCUGUGUAUUUAGUUAAUUUUAGAUGUGUAAAUGUGCAUACACAUACAUACCUAUCUAUUUACCUACCUGGCCCUGACUGUGUAGUCAGUACAUGAGGCUUGCAGAUCCCGAAAAGGUACAUUCCAGGGUUCUAUGGAAAUAAUUUUAAAAUGUCAUCCUCUAAUACAGACAUUUACAAAACUUAAAUGCAAAUGGUUGUACUUAACCAUCUGCGAGAAUGUCUGCAGAAAAUAAAUCACCUAGAAACUAUAAAUAGAAAUGUAUUGCUGAGGCCCGGCACAGUGGCUCAUGGCUGUAAUCCCAGCAUUUGGGGAGGCCGAGGCAGGCAGAUCACCUGAGGUCAGGAGUUGGAGACCAGCCUGGCCAACGUGGUGAAACCGCAUCUCUACUAAAAAUAAAAAUAAAAAAAUUAGCCGGGCACAGUGGCACAUGCCUGUAGUCCCAGCUAUUCAGGAGGCUGAGGCACGAGAAUCGCUUUAACCCUGGUGGCAGAGGUUGCAGUGAGUCGAGAUCGCACCACUGUACUCCAGCCUGGGCGACAGAGCGAAAUUCUGUCUCAAUUUAAAAAAAAAAUGUGUUGCUGGUAUCAGACAUCAGACCAAGCACACUUCAGUCUCUCUAAGGAUGCCCUGAGCUACCUCACUAUUAAAGGACAACAUAAACACAGAAUUCACUAAACAGGAAAUAGAAUGUAAUCUAGAGAAUUUCCCUUACUUGUUACUUUUUAGUGACUAACAUGGAAUGUCGAAAAGGAAGAGCUGGAAAGCUAAGUUGUUUUCCUUGUUCCUCUGACAUUGUCCAGGCAAGAGGGCAUCCUGAUCAGAUGAGUAGGUUUGGCUGAGAAAAACCCUAAAGUAAGGCAGGCACUUUGUGGAGUUGGAUGAUGAUGGCUCUUAAGAACACUUGUUCUCAAUCCAGUUCAGGGCUCUGCCAGCAGUCUUUCAGAUUUGAACUGCUUAAAUGAACCCUACAGAUAAAUUGGCACUCUCCUUUGUAAUUCUGUUUGUAUAAGUUUAGAGCAGCCUAGCUCGAGUCCUCAACCCCAGUCCUCUUAGAAGUGAACUGACUGCAGUGGAUCCCUAAGCCCACAGUGCUGAGGGCACAUGUGAUAACUCCACUUGCGCAGCCAGCUGGCCCCUUGUACUUUCCCCUGCCCACCACAGUCCUGUGUACCUACCACUUACUUACCCUGUGUCAAUUUGUUGUGUUGGGUCUGUGUUUUUGUGGUCAGUGCCUGAAGGCACAAAUGUGAAUUAAAGCAUUUGAUAUGUUGAAAAUACUUGCUUGUUUUUUAAUAAAAUUAAAAGUACAGCAGUACAGCA